CAUGCCGUUAACAUUCAGACUCUCGGAGAAAAAUGAAUUCAUUUCAACAACAAAUCUUCCAGGGGUCAGAUGUGGAUGAUUAAACAGAACUAAGCCUCCACCAGUUUCAAGUUCUUUCCUGAAGAAGGAUGCCUCAAGAUAGCCCUCUUGUCCUGACAUCGAGAAGGUUGCUAGAGUCAGUACCCACACGAAAUAUCACAGAUAUCACAUUGGACAAUCUUCGGAGUAGUGUGAUCGAGAUCUCUUUGCCUACCCUGUUCUCGAUUAUCUUCGCCUUCAGCAUCCCUCUCAAUUCUGUCUCCUUGUGGUUCCUUUGGCAAUAUUCAAGGCCCUGGACUCCCACCAUAGUGUUCUGCAUCAAUCUGACCAUUGCUGAUUUGGUCUACAGCAUGAUCCUGCCCUUUCAAAUAGCUUAUCAUGUCAACAAAAACACCUGGGUCUUCGGGGGAAUGCUGUGCCGCAUUGUCACAGUUCUGUCCUUUGGAAACAUGCACUGUUCCAUUUUAACUAUGAUGAGCAUCAGCAUAGAGCGCUACCUGGGAAUUGUUCACCCUUUGCGCUACAAAGCCAUAAGACCAAUUAGAACUGCUGUUCUGACAUGCGUAAUCAUCUGGGUACUUGUUUUACUGCCACUCACACCCCUCAUGCAGAAUAACUUACUUUUUCAUAUAAACGAGUCACACAUGGUUACCUGCUUUGACGUUUUGCCAAAAGAGAUGUUUAACACACUAGAAGCCUUCAUCAUUUAUUUUGGCGUUCUGGUAUUGGUCUUCUUUUUCCUACCUCUGCUUGUCAUGGGAUUUUGCUACAUCUCAAUCAUCUCAACACUUCUUCAUUCUUCUUCCACACAACUCAGAGAAACUAAAAAGCAAACAGUCUAUUUGAUAAUCGUCUUGCUCUUGGUGAUGACAAUAUGUUACCUGCCUCACGUUGUCAUGUCAGUUAUCCAUUUAGCCUUCACUUACCAUGAUAGAUCAUUUUAUACAGGAUAUAAACUAUCAUUUGCAAUAGCCAGCUUCAAUUGCUGUUUUGACCCAUUGGUUUAUUACUUUGGCUCCAAAGAAUUUCGACGAAAGAUACAGAAGAAGCUCUGCAGGUGUGUGGCUGUUGGUUUCAGUGAAAAUACCCCUAUUUUUUCAGAGUAUGACAUGCAAGUAGCACCAAUACGAAAAGCACCAAAUAUGUAGGCAGCGUUUCUCUGGAAUAGAAUAAACUUUCCCAUUGCACUGAAUUGUCAUGAAGUUUAGGAGUCAGAACAAAAGUGCAGAUCUUACAGAAAAUAUGCCAAGCACUUCUGGGAGACCAAAUGAACAAUUGACAUCUUCCAUCAUUCUCCAAGUAUAGGACAAAGGCAACUGAUGUCAAAGUCCAGAUUGGUGUGUAUAAGGGACAAUUAAAAUGCAACUGUUUCUUGGCUUUGUGGUAUAUGCCAAAGUAUUCAGUUCAGGAAAAAACACACAUUUACUCAGCUACUUUUGACUGUGCAGAACUUAUGGACCAAAUAUUAACAGAAAAUUUGGUGGAAUAGAAGAAGACAUCUUUUAAGACCAUCUUCCUGGAAUGUCAAAAAUUAUCCUAACCAUCAGCCAAAAGAUGUAGCUAUUGGGAGCACCAAGAUAUUCUUUAAUAUUGGUGUUGGUCUGACAAAGCUAUGUAUUUAUAAGUCCUGCUAUAUGGUGUGAA